AAAAUCAACAGUCGACGGAAAUAUAACUCAUGUUAUUUCUUUAAUUUGUUUCAAGUGGGUGUUAGAUCACUCUAGUGUAAACACAAAGUCAUAAAUUCAAACAUAUUGUUCUAAUUAUGUCUUUUCUCGCGAUGUCUUCACGACCCAAUUGCAGCAACUUUCAGUUUUCUUCGCACGCAAAAACAAAAAUUCAUCGUUACAGUUGCGAGCACAGGUAUUGGUGUUAGGCCUUUCAAUGUCAAGGUCGAUUGAAUGAAUUUUGCGCGUCUUUUGCUUCGUUUUCUUAUCAGUUUGCGUCCAGAGCGCCUGGAGGCAGGAUGGAGUGCUGCUUAGUCAUAAAAUGUGUGAAGGAUCCUCGCUCGUUCCGCUUAACACAAUGAUUAAUAAAAUGACUAAGUCUGGUAAAUGCGGGUUUUGGUCACUUCUUCCAUUCGACGACGUCGGCCGACUCGACGCAGUUCACUUUUGAUUAGUCCCAAUUAAAAUUAAUUUUUAACCAUCCUGUGUUUGUGCACGAGGGAGCGCCCCCUUAAUCAGCCAUGGACGAAGACACGACGCGGUCGCAAUUUUCCGAGCUCGUCCGAUAUUCGAGGGCGAUGCUGACCGCAGCCGGGAUUGUCACACUCGUCAUCAUGGUGGUGGGUGUGAUUGGGAACUUACUCACGGUUUUCGCGCUCAUGAGGAACUCCAAGAUUCGGACGGUCGCCGCUGCUUUUAUUGCAAGCCUGUGCAUCUCCGACCUGAUGUUCUGCUUCAUCGUCCUCCCGUUCGCCGCGAGUCAAUUCUUCCACGGUACGUGGAUCCACGGCGACGUCCUGUGCACCAUAAUCCCCGUUUUGCGCUACGGAUGCGUGGGAGUCUCCCUCCUGAGCAUCGCAAUGAUAUCAGUAAACCGCUACAUCCUCAUCGCUUGGCCCCACGUCUACGGCCAGAUUUACACCAAGGCGAAGGUCGCCAUCUACAUCACGGCCAUCUGGCUCUUCAGCUACGGCCUCCAGAUCCCGACUUUGCUCGGCCAAUGGGGGCUGUACGGCUUCGAUAAGCGACUGGGCACCUGCUCGAUCAACAAAGACGCAAAUGGGCGCUCGUCCAAAACGGCGCUUUUUGUGAUCGGGUUUGCGCUCCCAUGUGCUGUUAUCGUGGUUUGCUAUGCGAAUAUUUUCUGGGUGGUGAGGAAGAGUCAUAAGAGGCUCAAGCAGCAUAAUUCAGGGGGCGAUUACAAGCGCAGCGAAAUGAAAAUAACGAAGAUGGUGCUGGUGAUUUUUGUGUGUUUUGUUGUGUGUUAUCUGCCGAUUACUAUCGUGAAGAUUUUUGAUCCGGAAGUGAAACAAGCACCGUUGCAUGUCCUGGGCUACAUCCUAAUCUACAUUUCCUCUUGUGUGAAUCCAGUGGUGUACGUUACAAUGAAUAAACAGUACAGACAGGCCUAUUUGGACACUUUAAGGUGUCGCAUGACAAGUGCUGGGGACUCCAUGCAUACGCCGAGCCCCCACAGUCGGACGCACCUUUCGGUGGGGUACCUCAAAAACGUGGUAAACAACUCGCCGAAAGUGUGAUCCUAAUAUCUAUUCCCUUAAUAUUUAUGUAAAUACCAAAGUACAAAUACCUUACAUUAAGGCUUUUUAUCGUGUACAUAGUUUUUUAUUAAAUAAAAUUUUAUCGACGA